AAGAAGAAGAAGGAAAACGAAGAAGAGUACCCGGAAGCUCCUUCGUCGUCACACACGUGUGCUCUGUACACUCUUGCCAUGGCGGACCUACAAAUUAAGCUUCUUCGGAAGAAAAUUCAGAAAAGAAACGAGAAAAAUAAAGAGCGAAAGUUACUGAAGAACCGGACAGAAGAAGAAGAAAUCGUGGGGGUUGAAGAGGGGCCCGCUGCCAGCUGUAAGCCAGACCAUGAGUCCAAAAAGAAAUGGAAGAAGCAGGCUGACGGGUUUGUGGAGGGGACCACCAUGGAGGAAGUUCCUCUGAAGAAACAGAAGAAGAAUAAAAGAAAGCUGAGGACUGCUGAUGAACCACCAGCUGAGAAGAGAGGAAAGAUUGAGGAAGAUCCAGCAGAGGAGAGCAGAGGAGAGGUGAAUGGUAAACCAGAAGCUGCUGCAGAUGAUGAUGAACAGGAGGAAGACGAAGUAGAUGAGGAAGAUCAGCCCGAGCUGCCUUCCGGAUUAACAGGAGCGUUCGAGGACACCUCCUUCUCGUCCCUCGCUGAGCUGGUGAGCGAGAACACGCUGAAGGGGGUGCAGGAGAUGGGCUUCCAGCAUAUGACGGAGAUCCAACACAAGAGCAUCCGCCCCCUGCUGGAGGGAAGGGACGUUCUGGCUGCUGCUAAGACAGGAAGUGGGAAAACCUUGGCCUUCCUCAUCCCAUCCAUAGAACUCAUUUAUAAACUGAAGUUCAUGCCCAGAAAUGGAACCGGCGUGGUGAUCCUCUCCCCCACGCGUGAGCUGGCCAUGCAGACGUACGGUGUGCUGAAGGAGCUCAUGACACACCACGUGCACACCUACGGGCUGAUCAUGGGGGGCAGCAACCGCUCCGCUGAGGCCCAAAAACUGGCCAACGGUGUCAACAUCCUGGUGGCCACGCCGGGCCGUCUGCUGGACCACCUGCAGAAUACCCCCGGCUUCAUGUUCAAGAACCUACAGUGUCUGAUCAUCGACGAGGCCGACAGAAUCUUAGAGGUGGGCUUCGAGGAAGAACUAAAGCAGAUCAUCAAACUGCUCCCGAAAAAGAGACAAACCAUGCUGUUUUCAGCCACUCAGACCAGAAAGGUGGAAGACUUGGCUCGCAUUUCUCUGAAGAAGGAGCCGCUGUAUGUCGGGGUAGAUGAUAACAAAGACAAAGCGACGGUAGACGGUCUGGAGCAGGGCUACGUGGUUUGUCCGUCAGAGAAACGCUUCCUGCUGCUUUUCACCUUCCUGAAGAAGAACCGCAAGAAGAAGCUGAUGGUGUUUUUUUCCUCCUGCAUGUCGGUUAAAUUCCAUUUUGAGCUGCUCAACUACAUCGACCUUCCUGUCAUGGCCAUUCACGGAAAGCAAAAGCAGACCAAACGGACCACCACCUUCUUCCAGUUCUGCAACGCUGACUCGGGCAUCCUGCUGUGCACAGACGUAGCGGCGCGAGGACUCGACAUCCCAGAGGUGGAUUGGAUCGUACAGUAUGACCCCCCUGAUGACCCCAAGGAGUACAUCCACAGGGUGGGCAGAACGGCCCGCGGCAUCAACGGCAGAGGCCACGCCCUCCUCAUCCUACGGCCGGAAGAACUGGGAUUCCUCCGCUUCCUGAAACAGGCCAAGGUACCGCUGAGCGAGUUUGAGUUUUCUUGGAGUAAAAUCUCUGACAUCCAGUCCCAGCUGGAAAAGCUGAUUGAGAAGAACUACUACCUCCACAAGUCGGCCCAGGAGGCCUACAAGUCGUACGUGAGGGCGUACGACUCCCACUCGCUCAAACAGAUCUACAGUGUCAACACACUCAACCUCCCUAUGGUGGCACUGUCCUUUGGCUUCAAAGUUCCCCCAUAUGUUGACCUCAAUGUUCACAGCAGUAAAGGUGCGAAGCUGCAGAAGCGAGGAGGUGGAGGUGGGUUCGGGUACCAGAAGUCCAAGAACGUGCACAAGUCCAAGAUCUUCAAGCACGUGAACAAAGGAAGCAGAGACCGGAGGCAGUUUUCCCGCUGAGACGGCAUCUGGACGGAUUCCAGUGUCUUUUUAUUACAUGGACUUCCUGUAAUAGAAUAAAGCUCAGACCAGAAUAAUCCAGUUUUCUGCUUGUUUAAACCAUAACUUGUUUUUAAUCAUCUGCCUUCCAUUUAUUUCUCAUAUGCUCUGUAAAUGUGAUGUGGUUUUAUUUGGAGCCAGAUGAGACUGAAUGACGACGCUGUGUCAGGACCAGAUGAGCUCAGCUUUAUUUUACAUGUAUGUGUGUAUUACAUGUUCCAGAGCUGAAUCAGCACAUUCCCUUUAAAUGAUCUGUGGACCUCCAGUGUUGCUACAGGAAAUUAAAGGUUAAUUGGUCUGACGUGAUUAAAAA